CUGUAUGCAAAAUACAUACCAGUUUGCCUUUCUUUCCUAUGAAUCAGCAACUUAAAGUCAAGAGAAGGGCAACCACACUGGCUAGUCAAUACUGACACCGAGAAGACUUAGACAUCGCAGAGCCCCAGGGAUGUAUACCACACCGGCCCGACCAUACGUCACAAGAAGGGACUCGGGGCCCAGCACUUCGCAGGGGACCCCUGGCAGCCUGGAAGGAAAGAAAGGCCAGAACAACAGCAUCUACCCUGUCUUUGUGGUACUCCUGGUUGCCUUCCUGGUCAUCGUGGCUGCCUGCAUCCUGUGCAACUGGAACAAACGGAAGAAGCGGAGAGUUCCUUACUUCCAAGUAACUCCAUCGCUGACUCUGCCUCCACCCAGACAGCGAGCCAAAAAUAUUUAUGACUUCUUGCCCCAGCAGCAGGCAGAGCUGGGGAGACAUCAGUCGAACGGUUUCAGCACUGAGAACCUCCUGUCCAGAGAUUCCGAUAGCCCUGAGCACGAGGCCUCCCAAGCAGAUGGUUCCCUUCAGAUACACAGAGCUUCUGUCCACGCUGUGGAGUACACAGUAGGCAUCUAUGACAAUGGCACAGUGCCCCAGAUGUGUGGGCACCUGGCCCCCUCCGUAUAUCAUAUCAGCAACCCCAGCAUUUCUUCCACGGAGUCAAAUGACUAUGUCAAUGUCCCCACGGCAGAAGAGACCAGUGGGUCUCUAACUUCUACCAAAAGCACUCCUGAAAACCUCCGUGGCCUUCCCGGUGCCCAGAAGCUGGAGUUUGCUGAAGGGGGGCUCGCAGGCUGUAGGGCUGCCACUGGCCACACUGGUUUGUGGGCUCCAGGAAGUAAGUACAGCGCAUCACUCAGUGACGGGGAAGAUUCAUCUCGGAGUUCAAACGACUACGUCAAUAUGACAGGUUUGGAUCUUGACAAUGUCCAAGAGAAUCAGCCCAGGUUGGCUUUUCAGUGCUGCGGAGAUUAUGAAAACGUCCCAGCAGCAGCAGACGCCAACGGAAGCCAGCUGGAGACUCGGGAAGACGGGGGACCCUCACGUACAGACCGUGGGGAGCCUGUCUGGACGGUCCUGCCUUCCGUGUAUUACACGGCGUGUCAACCGUCUACACAGAGUGAGGAUGGUGAGGUGAUACACGCAGAAGCGCCGUCAGAUGAAGACUCUAAUGACUAUGAGAAUGUGCUAGCUGCCGACUUGGGAGGGGUCUGCCAACAGGGGCCUGGUGCUUGGCCUCCUUCUGAUAGUGGCACACCAAGCUACCUAGCUGCAAAGUUUCCUGAGGUGGCCAGUCCUGCUGGAUCUUUAGCCACUGAAAUCUCUAGGGAAGAUGCCUAAGUGCCGUAGCAUCCUGUUGGAUUCGAUUGGUCAGGCUAAGGAGGCUGAGCGGAGCUGGGCCCUAGCAGAGGCUGCAGAAAAGCAAAGGUUUAGGAAGCCCAGAGAGAGUUCUCCUUAGUCAAGGUUGCUGCUGUUAGCUUUCAGGCCAACUGAAGUAAGCUUAGUGACACUGUCUUACCGGGAUGGUAGAAAAGGCACAGCACAUAGCACUUAGAAUAAAGAUGAGAUAUGUCAAAAAUAAUCACCUUCACAAACACUGGAGAAGUGUAGAUGAUUUUGUGAGUCAGGCAGGCGGGAAGGAGGAACAAGUUGGGGUAGGGCAGGCAAUUUUCAGUUAAAGAAGAGCUGGUGAGGAUGUAAAACUAUGACAAUCCUGUUGCUCUAGUGUGAUUGCAAGCUUGUUGUAUGAACCCUUAGGAACUGAGACCACUUUCCAGUGUAUACUGGAGUUGUACAAAUAAGUUAUUCCGUUGUAGGUAAGGAGGGACGGGUUCCCUGUAAAAUGUUUUUAUUAUAUUAACCUGAGCUAUAUAUGGCCAUUUACAUAUAGGCAUAUAAUGUACUCUGAGAUGUCCACCCAUCCCUCAAAAUGUUCCCUUUUCCCAUCUUUCUCCUUCCAACGAAACCACUGCAUUCCCCUGGACAAUCUCACUUCGACUUUCCUAUCAUCUGAGCAUAUAUAAUUUUAUGUAUCCAUAUAAAAAUCUAGGACCCACUAAUGAGAGAAAACAUGUGAUAUUUGUUUCUUAAUCAGUGUGGUACUGACUGUGGUCAGAUAAAACCUCCGUGUGGUUUUAAUUAGCAUUUCUCUGAUGGCCAAUGAUGGUAAACCCUUUAUUGGACAUCUGUAUUUUAUCUUUUUUUAAACGCCCUACAGACAUGCCUAAAGCCUGAUUUUUCUUUUUAUCAUAUUAUUUUUAAAAUUGUUAUUGCACGAACAUUGGUGUUUUUCUUGCAUGUAUGUCUGCGAGGAUAUCCUCUGGAACUGGAGUUAGAGACAGCUGUGAGUUACCAUGUGCGUUCUGGGGACUGA